AUAUUAAAUUAUAUUUAAUCUUAAUAUUCUUUCUAUAAAAAAAUAUUUUUCUUAAAUUAGCUGAGUUUACAAUGAAAACCUUUGUUUCUAAGAAAAAUAAUUCAGAACACUGAUACAGCUGCAGAAAGAACUGAAAUUUAUCUCCAAGCGCUAAGGCCCAUUUCUACCAACGUAGAUUAAUUUCGGAUUAACUAACUUUUUACCUCUUUCUAAUUUUUGGAACUAGAAUAAGAUAACAAGUAAAUUAAACCGAGAUUAAAGUUAAUCUACGUUGGUAGAAACAGGCCUAAUUGAUAGAGCAAACGCAUGUCUUGAAAGCAAGAUAUUAACAUUUAAAAAUCAACUGUUUAUUGUAAAAAAGUAUGGGAAAAAUUGAAGAUCGACCUUAUAUUCUCUACAUGUUCGCGAUUAGAGCUGAGUAAAGUAAUUUAUGACAAUUUAAAUUGCCAACUUUUAGCAUCCAGCGGUGUCCACACCGCUUUGCUUACUCGACAAAUCUUUAAAUACUAGCUACACUCGUUGUCUGACCACUUUUCACUUAUCGCGUCUGCGUCGUCCGUUACGUGACAACGCGGACGCACAUCGCGUGUGCUCUGUAACGUCGUCUUGCACGAGACAUGGAGUGGCGAACAGUGGUGGUGAUAGUACUGGUCGUGAGCCUUUGCUUCUUUAUCGUGCCGAUCAAAGUCGGGCCCGAUAAAACCGCGGAGAACGCGGAACUGUUCGCGAACUACGUAAUCCGAUACAAUAAAUCCUACAAAGAUGAUCCUGUGGAAUAUAAGGAGCGAUUCGAGCGUUUUCAGUCAGUGCAAGAUAUUGAAAAGCUGAACGGUUUACGAUCGUCGCAAGAAAGCGCUUACUAUGGACUGACAGAAUUCUCCGAUUUAUCCGAGGAUGAAUUCUUGCAACAAACACUACUCCCCGACUUACCUUUGUGGGGGCAGAAACAUGUGACAGCAUCGUAUUAUCAUCAGCAUUCUACGGGCUCGGUAAACCGCGUGGAAAGGGCGACGGGGAUUCCCCCUAAGUUCGACUGGCGCGAUCGAGGAGUCGUAGGACCAGUUGUGAGCCAAGAGAAUUGUGGUGCAUGCUGGGCGUUCAGCACAGUCGGGGUGGCUGAAUCGAUGUACGCCAUCAAAAACGGAACUUUGUAUUCCUUUAGCGUGCAGGAAAUGAUCGACUGCAUGCCAGACAAUAAAGGAUGCGAGGGCGGUGACAUAUGCAGUGUACUCUCGUGGCUACUGGCGUCAAAAACGAGAAUUGUAUCCGAGAGCGAUUAUCCUCUCACGUUGCGAACCGACACGUGUAGAUUGCCUAAAAUGUUCGCCACAACACCGGCAGUUAGGGUAACGGACUUUACAUGCGACAGCUUUGUACAGGCGGAGGAUGAACUAUUGAGGCUACUCGUUACUCACGGACCUGUGGCGGUUGCUGUGAACGCCAUAUCUUGGCAGAAUUAUUUAGGCGGCAUAAUACAGUAUCACUGUGACGGUUCGUUCAAUAGCUUGAAUCACGCGGUCCAAAUAGUGGGAUACGACAAUGCAGCGAGUAUACCGCAUUAUAUUAUCAGAAAUUCGUGGGGACCGGAUUUUGGCAAUAAAGGCUACAUUUAUAUUGCGAUCGGUAAAAACUUAUGCGGUAUAGCCAAUCAGGUCGCCUCGCUCGAUGUCAUUUGAUUGAUUGUAGAAUCUUAAAUUGCGCAGUGUUUUCAAUUUCUGACGAAAUAAAUAAAAAAGGUUGUAAAAUUACUGUUUAAUAAAAUAUUUUAUUAAAUA